CGUACGGUGUUUUGUUUAAGUAUGUCUGUUCACAAAAAAAAAAUGUCUUUAAAAAUAUUUUUUUUAAUAAAACCGGAGCGGAUGAGUUUUAAAUUUCUCUUGUUAACAAAUAAGAUUAGAAUGCUUUAAAUGUUGUAAAUGUGUGACGUUUUAUUAUUGUACGAUGAGAGAUACGAAUUUCAAGCGUUAAAAGUAUGCAAUUGGUUAAAAAAGCAAAAACUUACUGUAUCACUAAAUGAGAAAAGCGGACAUUAUGGAAAAGCAAAAGUUUAUAUAAUUUGUCUCUCGUUGAUUUAUUCGAAUUCAGAAAAAUGCAUGAAAUAUUUGGAUUACGCAGCAGACAUUGAAAACCGUAUCAUAAUUGUUAUGUUUGAAGAAUUUAAACCGGCAAAGAAAAACAUUCUAUACACAAAGUUUUGGCACAAUAUUACUAAAGAUAUUGAUAGCGACACAAAAAAGUUUGAAGUUGUUAUGAAUACAUUACUAGACGAAAUAAAUACUUCAUUAAAAGCAUUUAAUGAAACCAAAGAUAUAGAAAAAGAACAAGAAAAAGCAAUUCUUCUUUAUAAAGAGAGCCUAUUGAAUAAACCUUUAAAGGAAUAUCAUUGGUUGACAGAUUUGAAGCGAGUCUUAGACAUUGAAAAUAAAGUAGACAGGCUUUUUGAAUAUUAUCCCUUCACAGACGCUGAUUUGCAAACAAUUAUUCAAACCGAUUACGGUGGAGGGAAACCUGCUCAAACAUUUUUCGAAAUGCUUCGUCAGCGAAAGUAUAAUUCACUUGUAUCUGAGUUGCGUAAUGUUUUUAUUUGCAAUCAGUUAGAUAAAGCUGCUAAAGUGUUAGAAAAAUAUGAUUGGAAUUGCCGUAUAUCUGAUAUAUCUUCUUCAGACUUUUCAAAUUUGUCUGUUAUCUUAUCUCCAUUGCCUACACGCCCUCAAGAAGAUUGGAUCACCGUCGCAGAAUGCUUUGAUUUAGGUGAUCUUGUUCCUAUAUGUAAACAAUCAAGUCGCCGUCAAAACUGUUAUAGUCGAACAGAAGCUUUGCUUGGAAUUAUUUAUAUGAAAUGGCCUAAUCAUACAAUAGAAGAUUUCAUGGAAAAUUUGGUUUUAUGCAAUCUUUGUGAGGCUGUUGAUGUUAUUCAAAAGCAAAUUCAAAAAGUAGCCAAAAAUAAAGUUUUAGAAAAGAAGUAAUUUUUGAGUGAAGUCUUUUAAUUAUUCAAUUUGAUAAACAACGAAUUACUGAUGUCUUUAAAACGGUUUUUUGCUUACUUCAUAAAAUUCUUACGCCUUUUUAUUGACGGAGGUUGAAAGUUGAAAAUAUUCUUUUUUCUUUUAAAGUAAUUCUCCUCAGAAAGGUUUUUAUAACACAUUUAACUUUGCCCCCUUUUUUCUCGGUUUAUAAUAUAAAGCUCUUUUUUUUUCUGAUUUUAUGGAGUAUAUCUAUAUAAAUGGUUAUAUUAAUAUAUAUCUAUAUAAAUAUUUAUAUUUUUUAUAUUAAUGGAAAAAUCAGUCUUUUCAACUUUUUAUUAUCAUUUACUUAGUAUUAACAAUAAGAAUUGUUACCGUUGUU